AUGAUUCUUCUGUCUGUUCCCACAGUGGAAGAAGGUUAUGAGGGGCUGACGCAGUUCCUGAUGAGUGAGGCACUCAAGGUGCAGAAGCAACUGAAGGACAAAGCUGUGGAGAUCCAUAAACUGCACAGCAAGUGCGAGAUGCUGCAGGAGAGUAACAAGCAGCUGAGCCACGAUCACCUGGAGCUCAGGAACCUUCAGGAGCGCUACAGCAAGCUGAAGGAGGAGUUUAACCUGCACAACAAUGAGCUGAACAAGAUUAAGGAGGAGAAUUACCUGCUUGCUCUGCGCUACGCCCAGCUCAACGAGGAGAAAAGCAUGGCUGUGUCGAGGAGCCGGGAGCUCCAGCUGGAGACUGACCAGUUGAGAUGCAAACUGUACGGAAUCGAGGAGGAGUGUCUGAUGGCCCGCAAUCUCUCCCACAAGCUGAAGAAAGACAUGGAGAACAUGCCGAGCAGACAGAGCAUCAUACAACUGCAGCAUGACAAUGACCAGUUACAGACCACAGUCUAUGAGCUCCAACACUUUGUGCAGGUAAGAAACAAUCUCCCCAGCACAGAGAAGGCUCUCCUGGAUAUCAUGGAUCAGGAUCGGAAGGAAGCUCUUGAGGACAGACAGGAAUUGGUUCAGAAGUUUCAUAACACUGCCAUGGACCUACAACAGGCGGAGGAACUCCGAGACAAGUACCUGAAAGAGAAAGAAGAACUUGGACUCCAGUCUGCGAUGCUCCUGAAAGAGUGCCAGAUGCACAAGCGAAGGAUUGCCAGCAUUUUACAACAACUGGAAGAAGUGGAGAAGGAACGAGACAAGGCGCUAAAGGCUCGUGAUGAGGCACAGACUGCUUAUGCCCAAAGCAUGCUUGAUAACAGCAGGUAUCGGAGGCAGAUAUGGGCAAUAGAAGAGAAAUUGGACAACCUUCAGAUGGAGCUAACAAGGAAAGAAGCCAAGAUUGGGACCCUACAAUCCCAGCUCCACCAACUGCGAGAGGGCACCAGUACUGUGGACUAUUUGGAUUGCUGUGACCUGCUGAGCAGCCGCUUAAAUAUUAUUGACUAUCCUGAGGACUGGAACUGCACAGACCACGAGCAAGAGACGUUUCCAAAGUUCAGCAGACGCCAUUGCAUAAAGAGAUUGGAUUCAUCAAUGACGCAGAGCAGGGAGCUUCCAGUGAGUGAAUAUGGUGAAGAGCUAUCCCCAGUGGAGCUAUUGUGGAGCGAUAUUGAACAAGAGAGGGAGAUGAAUAGAUUCUCGAUGAUGGCAUUCCCACCUUGCAAAGAAUCUUUGAUGCGUCGUCUGAAGCAGGAGGAACCAGCCGGCAGGUUUGAAUCUUGGCCAAUCAGUAGCUCGAUGGAGAAUGAGGACAGCAGUCCAGAUGAAGGUCACUUGCUCAGCCUAUCCGUCGCUCCCAGUUUGUUUGGGGCCAGAUUUCACCCACCGUCAGAAGAUCCCAGCCGUGUGGCCGUCAGUGAUCAAGACAACAGAAAGGAAAAGAGGAUGCAUAUUCUCUCCCUAUCACUGCCUGAUCUCACCAACACAAUGAACAGCAUCAAACACGACCGUGAUGAUGCCUUCACCCCUGGGCCCAAUGAAUCUGCUACCCUCACCCAGGAGAGCUCCGAGCUGGACAAGCUGGAAGAUGAGACAAGGCACAGAAUACCGCGGCGCAACUGUACCAGGAAGGGCGCGCAGUGGAACGUCAGGAAGAGCUGUGCGGCAGAUCCCCUCGGAAAUCAGCAGAAUGAAGAAGGUUAUAGGAGGCUUGAGCGGGUCCUGGAAGAUGAGGAGUCAAUGCCUGACGGUUCGUUCUACAUCCGGGUCAAUUUGAACAUCCUCGGCCAUGUGGAUAACUGCUCGCUGCAGGUGAAGUGCGACGAGAUCUUGCACGUCCUGGACACCGGCCGACACACCAAAUACGAGUGGCUUUGUGCCCGAGUUGACCCAUUUACCAAGAAGGAUCUGGAACAUGGAACCAUCCCCAGCUACAGCAGAGCUUACCAGCUCCUCCUGCUUAAAAUCUACGCGCUGACAGCGAACGUUCAGGAGAAAGAGAGGGAGAAAAAGUUUAUGAAGAACAACGUUAAAGUGAAGAAGGUGUGUUCUGAUCGAGUGAGGAUUGUGCCUGCCAGUCUUCCCCCGUAUCUGCCCAGUGCCAGUAACCCGUCUCUCAGAUCCUGGCAUGAAAAUAAGGAUGAAAAGAUCCUGCCAUACAGCCUGGUUCAGCCAAUCACCGUCCACCAAAAAAGGCCGGUUAUCAUCAUGCCUACAGUGUUGGCCAAAGCUUUGAUGGACUGUCUACUCCAGGCUCCACCCGCAUCAGACUUCAAUAUGGUGCAGCCAGAAAUUGUCACUGAAGAGCAGCUGAAGACAAAGACACGGUUCUCUUUGCAGAAAAUCAGGAAUCAGGCCAACUUUGAGUGCAUUACGUUCAAAACGAUCAAAGAUGUUAUAGCCAAGGACAAACAUGGCUUGCUGCCAAUAGGAGUGCACUCUGCUAAGGACCUAGUUGCGGAGAAGAUCUACACCAUCAUUAUUCAUAUCAAAGUGACCACAAAAAACAUUAAGAAACUAAGGAAACUGGCUCCAAAGUCCUGCAGCAGCGACGACGAGUUUCUGAAGCUGUACCGCAUCGAACAGAAGCACUUAGAGUCAGUGCCAUGCCUCUCUGCCACCGUGGAGCCCAACACGUGGACCAACGUCGAGGAGCUCAUCAAAGUAGUGAAGACCAGUGUCUUCCAGGAGCAGCAGAAGAUUGUCUGGAUUGAGGAGAACAAGCUACUGCCAGACCUUGAGAGCUCAUCACCAGCUGAACCAACGAGCCAGCCAUAUGUUUCGAGUUGCCUGUAGUGGGUAUUUGAUGGAGGCUGCCCAGCAUACAAUAGGCAGGAGAUCCACUCUUGGUAGAUCCUGAACUCUGACACGAGGUCUUAAACCCACAACAGAACGGUUAACCAACCAGUGAAUACCCUUAGAACAAGCUUUGGGAGUUCAGGGUUGUGCAGUUCUAAGGAUAGAACUGGGGCAGUGUAAGGGGGAUUCCUGAGCUCUACCUGGCUCCUAUGUUGGGAAUACCUGGGACCCUCUUCAAUCACACCGGUAGGGUAAACUUUGUAUUAUGGCUGGGGAGAGUUCAGGCAAACCACAUGACCAUUUUUUUUAAUAAGAACAGAUUAUUGGAUUUCAGAGAACUAACUCCAGCAUCACUGAAAAAGUCAAAGUUAAUUUCACGCCACAGUAUUUUCUUAUAACACUAAUCGAGCUACACUGUUACCCAAGGAGACAAAACAUAUUGUGUCCAUGUGAAGUGGAUUUAUCACUCACAACUGAAUGGCCUACCGACCACCAAAAUCACCAUGGCUUUUUAGUUUGCCUUUUUUAAAAACACUACUACAUGUGAAACGGGGUUAGAACACACAGCGACCCAGGUGCACACAUGCAUUUCAGUGACUAGUUUAAAGUCAUGCACACAGUAUUUAUUUUUCUAUAACAUUUUGAAUUUAUAUUUUAAGCUGUACUUCAAAAAACUAAGACUGAGGAUAAUUUGGAGUAUACACUGCUAUGUAGCAGAGGAAUCUUAAUGCAAGGCAGAUGGAGGAGAUUCAAGGCAAUAAUGUUAUUGUUAUGCUGUAAUGUUUACAUGGCACAGUGUCUAUUGCAAGUGUGAUAUUUACAAUGCAAACAGUUGACUCUGAGAACUGUGAAUGAUGACAUUAGGAGGCAAAGUUUUCUAGAUAUUGUAAAAAUAUUUUGCAGGAUGAUCUUAUUGUUGUGUCUUUGGCAUUCCAGUUGAUUAUUGAUCUGUUUUGGAUGUACAGACAGCAUUAUUGGACUCAUAUCUGAUUCUUAUCCAGGCUGCAAUUAUUCUUCAAUAAGAUUUGAUUCCAGCACCGAGUUUGAUGUGACCAUGGCCACUAAUGGUAGUUAAAUUACCACUACACCCUUUAGCUUUGAACCCCCCUGUAAACUUAUAUUUCUAUCCUGAAGAUGCCUCUUGGGGUUUCAGGCCCAAACCCUUUCCUGAUUGGUCAUCUGCUCAAUAAGCUCAGGUAUAUGAGUCAUUCAGCUGUGGUAGGCAUCGUUGCAAAGUCUGAUCCCAUCCACCCCUGCAGGGAUAAAUAAUAUCGUGGACCGACAGCUCAGCAAAAUCUUCAGCCUAAUUCGCAUCCAACUCUUAAAUCCAGUGGGGCAAAUGAAGCUCAUUUAAACACCUUGACAAUGGGAUCAAAUGAGAACAACAUCAUAGAAUCCCUGCAGUGUGGAAGCAGGCCGUUCAUACCCAUCCAGUCCACACCAACCCUCCAAAGAGCAUCACUCCCAGACCCACUCCUCACCCUAUCCUUGCAAACUCACAUUUCCCAAGGUUAACCCACCUAGCCUGCACACCCUUGAACGCUACAGGCAAUUUAACACAAUCCACCUAAUCUACACAUCUUCAGACUGUGGGGGGAAACCCACACAGACACAGGGAGAACAUGCAAACUCCACACAGACAGUCGCCCGAGGGUGGAAUCGAACCCAGGUCCUUGGCACUGUGAGGCAGCGGUGCUAACCACUGAGCCACCGUGCUGCCUAUUAAUGCAGCCUGUUCACAUGACUUGGUAUGACAGUGGGCUAUGUAUUCAAUCUUUCCCGUAUCAGAAUGAGAACACUGUAUGUGAACUCCAAAAUAAAAAGUAGAUUUCAUUGUCAAGAAAACUACAACUGCUGCAGGCCCACAGAUGGAAUACAUUCUGUGGACUUAUUAAUCAUUCAACUCCCCCAGUUGGAUGCUGUAUUGUAAUAUAAGCUGUGAAAUCAAGAGCAAAGUAUCCAUGUUUACAUUAAAUAAAUACUUUUGCUAAUUGA